AUUUCCUAUUCCAACUGAUUGCACUAUAUCAUGUACCUCUAGUCAGUGACUGAAAAGAUUAUUUUAGAGGUAAGACCUCCCUUUUAUCCCCUUUCUUGAGUAUGGUUUACCUCCUGUCAGUAAAACUGCAAGCAAAGGAGAAAUCACAAACUUUCCCAAGUUCCUCUUUAGGCUUCACUUUUUCAAGUUGGAGAGCAAUUUUGGUUUUUCUACAUUUCAGCAUUUCCUGUGGGUGCUUGAUCAGCUUUUUGCCUCUACAGGAGUUUCUGAUUUUGCUCUAUUUUAAAAUCAUUAAAUAGGAGCCUGGAUCAGAUGGAUCCAAUCCCAGAGGGAUACAGUGGGUGGCAUCCCUGCCCAUGGAAGUGGGGUUGGAACUAGAUGGUCUCUAAAGUCCCUUGCAACCCAAAUGAUUCCAGAAGUCUAUGAUUCUAUGGCUGUGUCUCAUACAAGGCAAAUUAAAUAUGUAGAGGGGGAAGAACAACAAAAAAACAAACAAAAAACAAAACAAAUUUUAAAAGAACUUGAUAAACUUAAUUCUAAUCCUAUGUAUUUCUAAGAGAGAAUGCACUUCUGAUGAAGAAUGUUUAAGAAUGAAAAAACUGAUGAAUCAUUUUGUCUUUAACUUUCCACAUUUCCAGGCUCUGUACUGCACAUUGCCCACUAGAUUGGCACAGAACACUCCAGCAGCAUGAAGGAAUUCAUCCUCCUGGGCCUCUCAGAGAACCAAGGGGUGCAGAAAAUAUAUUUUGUGGUGUUCCUGCUUUUCUACAUGUUCACAGUGGCAGGAAAUCUCACAGUUCUCACUGUGACAAGCAGCCGGUGCCUGAAGUCCCCCAUGUACUUCUUCCUCUGCCACCUUUCCUUUGUAGAUGUUUGUUACUCCCCUGUCGCAGCUCCCCAAAUGACUUCUGGCUUCCUGGUGGAAAACAACACCAUCUCCUUUGCAGUUUGCAUAGGGCAGCUCUUGGGGCUUCAUUUUUUUGGCUGCACAGAGGUUUUCAUCCUGACAGCCAUGGCCUGUGACCGCCUCAUGGCCGUGUGCCGGCCCCUGCACUACCCCGCACUCACAUCCCGCCGCCUCUGCGGCUGCAUGGGGGUCUGCUGGGCGGGGGGAUUCCUGCAUUCCCUCCAGACCCUUCCCACCGCCCUGCUCCAUUUCUGUGGCCCCAAUAAAGUCACCCACUACUUCUGUGAUGCCCGCCCCCUGCCCCUGGCUUGUGCCGAGGGCCUGGCUGUGGUGGCCAACAGUGGGGUCAUAUCCCUGAGCUGCUUCCUCAUCCUGGUCAUGGCCUGUGUGGUCAUCCUGGUUUCCCUGAGGGGCCAAACGCUGGCAAGGUGGCACAAGGGUCUGUCCACGUGUGGGUCCCACAUCACUGCGGUGAUCCUGUGCCUUGGGCCCAGCACUUUUGUUUACACCCCAUCCAGUGGCUUGUCCAAGGACAGGAGCAUGUUCUACAUGCUCAUCACACCCAUGUUCAACCCUCUCAGCUACCCUCUCCGGGAUGGGGAGGUGAAGGGAGCCACGAGGAAACUGUGCAGGAGGGAAGGGGGAAGCAGAAAUGGGAAGGGGUGGGGCUGUGGUCAUGUUCCCAAAGGAUCAGAGAAAAUCAAGCAUGUUUUGCUGUAA